AUUCCCCACUGAAGUCCCCAACGACAUUAUACAUCAGGCCAGGUUCAAGGUAGGUACGGUACGACUGACAACGGCACCAACCAAACUGUUGUAGGUAUGCUACACAUAUUUCACCACAUUUCCAAACAUGUUCCUAGCCCUCGCUUGCACAGCAGAUUGAUACAUUGUCUGAAUCACUUGUGAGUUGAGGAAUCAUGGCCGAGAAUGGUCAACGGACACAUCGCAUCGGUAGAGAGCGGAUCAAAUACCUGACAGAUGGCCAGCCGGAUCAGAACAAGAUACGGUCGAUAUGUCGGGCAAUCUCGACAGAAUGUAACUACACAAGGGUAGACUUCAAUGUCCGUGAUAACGGAACGACCGAGUUCUUUGUCAGGGGAGCCGACGAUAAGAUGGAGCUAGCUCUUAGGUUAAUACAUCUUAGGCUUAAAGGAAGAGAUGGCGAACAGCCCCCUCCCGAGGUAGUCCCAUUAACUGUAGAGAAUAUCAGGAGACACAACAAGAAUCUAACAGAAAGAAGGCAGUUCGUAUGUGGGGCUUGCCGGAAGAUUUGGUUUCGAAAAGUGUUCAGCUGCAAACCUGUUUCACGGUGUGCUAAAUGUCAUGUCCGUUAUGAUCCUAUUCCUCGUGGUAGUGAAUUUGGACAUGGUUUCUACAGGUGUAGAGAUUGUGGAAAUGAAUUUACAGGGCGGGCUACUGCAGGAGUUCCAGCACCUUGCUUCGUUUGUGGAAGAAUGUGUAUGCCCUUGAGAAUCGGACCGAAGCCCGAGAGGGAUCUACCGCGGGGUGGUGGUCGUCAUGCAUGUGAGAUGUGUGAUAACGGUAGGAUCCAACCGUGUCCAUCUUUUAAUCAAUUCCCUGUCGUGAGUCAGCGCCAUGAAAGCACCGGGUCAACAGUAUCUACCUUUCUCACACAAACCUCAGACAUUUCCAUCGAUCUCGAAAAUGACUAGGAUGCGACUCGAUCGGGCAUGUUUAAGUGGUAAAGAGUCAGGAAACUGCACACUCAGAAACCAGGGGAGCGUUU